AUGUCACGCUACCGUCCCUCAGGACGCCAAGUACCCGGCCACGAUGACUCCCGAGUCAUCCCACCACAACGCCCCAGCAGCGGUAGCCGUUACGGCGGCGGUGGCGGCGGCGAAAGCAGGGCCCGCACCUUCCCAGCAGACGAAUACCUAGCCUACAGCUCCGACGACGCCUCCUCCUCCGACGAUGAUUACUACCGCCGCUCCUCAUCCGGGAGAGCUCCCGGAGACGGUCCGAGCGGCAGUAGCCGCAGCCAUGGCUACGGUGGCUACAGCUCCGACGACGACGACUACGCAGCCGACUCCGAACGCGGCUACAGCCGUGGUGGAGGUGGACCUUCGCAGUCCCGCGCUCCUAGUUCUAGGGAUGAUAGUCGUCACGGUUACGGCGGCCCGUCUGCCUCUUCAUCUUCUCAUCGCGACCAGGGCUGA